ACAUAAACAAAAUAUUCAAGGAUAAAGUAAUACCCAUAUAUGAUGAAGAUAAGCCAGACAGAAAUUUAGUUCCAGAUUUGAUUAUGGAUACAGGACACGUGUGCAUAAAGCCAUGGAAUUUAAUACCAGAAAAAUAUUUUCGUUUUCAUUCUCCAACACCUUUCUCGUGUUCUUAUUUGACAACUGUGCCCGUUUGGUGUUACUUUGCUGAUGGAUUAUUGGAACAACUGGAUCAAUACAUUGAUGCGCUAACUCAAAUCAUUCCAGGGAAAAAACUGCAGAUAACUUCUGGUACUUUGGGAACACUGGCCUUACUUCAACGCGAAAUAAACCCCAAAAAGAAAAUUCUUUCAGCAUCCCUAGAUUUACUCUCUCGUAUCACGGACACCGAACCAGAGAAACCUAAACCUCCUGAAGGAAUUUAUUUGGCUAAGACGAAAAAGAAAAUCCCAAUUCCGGCAUCAAUCUACAAACUCAUUGAAUUCAAAUCGUCGAUAUGUCCAGAUGACCACAGGCAAUGCUGGUAUUCUAUAAUUAUUGAAUUACGCAACGCGCCUUAUACUUUGAUAACUACAACUGAAAAUCACAUUUGCAAAAAAAGCAAAUGCUUUGAUUGGGGUUGGGAUUUACUGCAUAGAGAAGGUCACACUCGGCUGGAUGACUUUCUUUUUUUUUGUUGUGAGAGAACACCAGAAAUUAAAGAAAAAUUAAACUUGCCAGCUCACGAUGAAAGAAAGCCUAGAUAUGAGAUGAAUUUGAAAAGAAUACCAUACAUUAAUGAAAAAGGUGAAAUUGGUAUAAAAUCAUUGAGGGACGAGGUCAAUCAGAGAUUACUGAAAUUAGAUAAAGUUGGAUCUGGCAAAAGUCAAGAAACUGAUACAUCUAAGAAAGAAAACGAAUUAGUGAAAUUAGAUGAAGUUGAAUCUGGCAAAAGUCAAGAAACUGAUACACCUGAGAAAGAAAACGAAUUACUGAAAUUAUCUAAAGUUGAAUCUGGUAAAAGUCAAGAAGCUGAUGCAUCUAAGAAAGAAGACGAACAGUGAAAUUUCCAGCUUAUCGAUCAAGAUAAGGCUACUGAUCCUACCUAAGUUAAUUAGUAUAAUUCAGAAAAAUAAAUAAUAAUACAUUAUGGCAACUC